AUGGCAUCUUUCUCCAAGCUGUUGGAACAGCGUACUGUACCAAAGGACAAGGAGAAGGAUAAGGAUGAUCAAGUGUACUUGGAUUCUUAUGCUGAUCUUGGAAUACAUGAGGAGAUGCUGAAGGACACGAUGCGUGUUGCAGCAUACAAAGCCGCGAUUGAUCAUUAUGCCAGCGAAUGGCAAGACGCAAUGGUUGUUGAUGUUGGCGCUGGUACUGGGCUGCUCUCUGUAUUGUGCGCUCGAUCUGCUCGACGAGUCGUUGCAAUCGAAGCAUCCCGACUGGCACACUUUCUGCGGCAGGUGGUGGAUACAAACGUGCCUGGAACUGUUGCAGUGCACGAAUGUCUGGCAGAGGAACUAGAGCUGGACGACGGUGAGAAAGCUGAUGUGAUAAUCAGUGAAUGGAUGGGAUACUGUUUGCUUUUUGAGAACAUGCUGCCAUCUGUCUUAUCAGUCAGAGAUCGCUACCUCAAAGAGGGUGGUCAGAUGCUGCCCUCAAAAUGUCGAUUGCUGAUGGCACCACUUCAAGAUAGCUGGCGCGAGGAGAAGAUUAACUUCUGGCGUUCUGUUAGCGGCAUUGAUAUGUCCUCACUGAUGCCGCUUGCCAGAGCAACCUUUUGUUCUGCUCCACAACAUCGCAUAGUCGAUCCCAAAGCGCUUUUGGGAGAUGCGUUUGAAGUUCUAUGCAUGGAUAUGCACACAGUGCAGAGUGCAGACCUUGAGAGAUUUGAAGCCGACCUGCGUGUGACGCUUCCUCCUGGCAGUCGGUUAGAUGGCAUUGUGACAUGGUUUGAGUGCGAGUUUGGGGAUGCUGGCUGGCAGCUUUCCACUUCUCCCUCGAAGCCAGCCACCCACUGGAAGCAAACUGUCUUCUAUUUCAGGCAGGCGGUUGAGGGGGGUGGUGGCAUUCUACUUACAGGCAAAACGGUAGUGGAGCGUCAUGAUGAGUUUUCGCGAGGCUACCGAGUCACGUUUGAUUUGAAGAUACCCGGACGAACAUCUCGAAUGGAAGCCUUCGAGCUUAGGUAA